UUGGCGCUCGUCCCCAGCGAUUCGCACUCGCACCUGGCGCCAAAUUUACAUUUAAACCCAAAUACCUGCCGCGCAUGCGCACGCGCUAAACGGAAAGCAAAAGCAGCGACUACGAAAAAGAAAAGCAAGCUUAAGUGACCGUUAAUAAUAAUAACCCGCCGCAGGCCUAGCCAGCCAGCCAGCAUCUCAGCCAAGUGGUUAUAUAAUCGAGAGUGGACCGGAGAUUGGAGCUUCUGGUUGGGGCUCCCGACAUAAACAUUAACUAAAACGUAAACUCGAGCUUCUGCGCACAUUUCGCGAUGUCGACGCCGCCCAUCCAGCGGACUAAUUAGUGCGCAGCCGUGGAAAGAAACCAAAAUUAAAGCUGGAAGACCUCGUUAAUUAUAAUACUUGAGUCCGAACCUCAGAAAAUAAAAAAAACAGACAAAUUAAAUAGCUCUUGGCCCAAAGUCGCGAUUCCACCUCGGUUCCCAGUUAACAGUCCCCGGAAAACCCUCCGUUUCGCUUAUUUGACAGUCGGCGUGAAAGUGAAAAGCAUCUGGGCGCACCGGCAGCAGCAGGACACAGAUACAGCAUCGACGAUAAAGAGAUACAAAGAUACAUAGAUACGGCCUGCUGUGGGUCAGUCAUGCGCGCGAUGAGCAGCUGAGCGGUUGAAAUGCGCCAGCUGCCCGAGGAGCGGUCACCAAGAUGAUGAAGCCAUCACGGCCACAAAUAGCCAACACUUUGACCUUGAGUUGGCUGAGCCUGCUGCUUCUCCUGCCCACUUCCAGGCAAUUUGAAACGGACUGCGGCUGUCGUCCCGCCCGUCGUGGACCCCGGAUCAUAGCCGGAGCCACCACCAAUGAAGGCCAGUUUCCCUGGCAAGCCUCGCUGGAGCUGCUCCAUCCCUCCCUAGGCUUUCUAGGGCACUGGUGCGGAGCAGUACUCAUCCACCAGUACUGGAUACUCUCAGCAGCACACUGUGUUCACAAUGAUCUCUUUAAUCUACCCAUUCCCCCCCUUUGGACGGUGGUGCUGGGCGAGCACGAUCGCGACGUCGAAUCGGGCAACGAGCAGCGUAUUCCCGUCGAGAAAAUAGUGAUGCAUCAUCGCUACCAUAACUUCCGGCACGAUGUGGUGCUGAUGAAGCUCUCCAAGCCGGCGAAUAUCGCCAAAGCCUCUAACAUCAGGCGCAUCUGCUUACCCUUUAUGCUGGCCGCGGAAGCCGCAGAGCCGGAACUCUCAGGAUCCACCACUGACGAGGAUGUGCUGAGCCAGCAACUGGAGCUGGAGGAUGUGCCCGAAAAGAUCGACAACUUCCUGCGUAGCGUCCAAAGCAGGCGGCGCUAUCGAAAUGUGACGGCUCCCAGCAUGCGGGAGCUGAUGAACAUGAAGAUCCUGAACAGGAUGCGCCAGGCACUUGCCCAGCGUUCCCCGCGCAGUCUGAAGCGCUCCCGGAGACGCAAUGACAAGCUAAUGAAGCUGGGUCCAAGGACGGAUCCGGAGGACUCCGCCGAGCAGAAGAACAAGGGAAACGAGGAGCCGCGCGAAAUGGUUUUUGUGGACUGCGUGGCCACCGGCUGGGGGAAGGCCAACAUCAGUGGGGACCUCUCAAACCAGCUGCUAAAAACACAGGUGCCCCUGCACCAGAAUGGAAGGUGCAAGGAUGCGUACGGCAGCUUCGUCAACAUUCACGGCGGACAUCUGUGUGCCGGAAAGCUGAAUGGAGAAGGUGGCACCUGCGUGGGCGACUCAGGCGGACCUUUGCAGUGCCGACUGAACCGGGACGGCCCUUGGAUACUGGUGGGAGUGACCUCCUUCGGGUCUGGAUGUGCCCUGGAGGGCUUCCCGGACGUCUACACCCGCACCUCAUACUACAUGAAAUGGAUCGAGGACACGAUAGCCGCCCACUAAAUACC